AGACAAGACAAGGUUAGCGGCCUACGCUCAGGUCCAAUACUUCUGCUCAUUCAUCUUGCAGAAUUUUUCUGAUUUAAAACAUCAAAGCGAUGUUCAUCUCUUACCGGAAGAAAGUAAAGAAGCAAUCGCUGGACUUUUAUUUGCCGCAUCAAGAAUCAGGGAGCUGAGGGAGCUUAAAUUCAUAAGGAGCUUGUUCUUGGAGAGAUUUGGGCUUCAGUUUGACAGAGACAGUGUAAACUUGCGUCCAGGGAACCUCGUUAGUUCGGAGAUGAUAAAGAUUUUCGUCAAGAAGAUGCCGCAAGAUGCAAUGAGUCCAGAGACUAUAGUGGAAACCAACAUCGCUGCUUAUGUUGAAUCAGUAACUGAAGAUUCAGUUUCAACUGAUAAUCUUGGCUUCAGAGAUUCUGAUGCGGUGAAGAUAAGAGAUAUUCAAAACAUGGAUUGGGAGAAAGAAUAUGAAGGAGAGUUCAAAGUUUCUGUAUGUAAAUCUUGUAGAGUCUCAAGGAAGAGAUCGAUCAUUGUUCAUGAGAUAAGAGUUUGAUUGUUGUUUAGAGGGUUUUCAUUCAUACCUCGAGAUAUGACCCUUCGACAGUUGAUGUAUAGGUUAUUGCGUGUCAUUGUUUUUUUUUUUUUGAAACACAAACUUUCAUUAAAAGAAAUCAGACCCCAUUGUCCAGAUUAGGGAAUACAAGACAUACAUUAUACAAAGCCUGUUUUGCCAAGGCAUCAGCAACUUUGUUUUUUGAUCUAGGGAACCAUUCAUAGGAAAUAGAUAGAAAAGAUGAAGCGAGGAGCAGGAUGUCUGAGACAACUCCAUAGAUCUCCGGGGUUGGGGAUUUUGAAAUCAGCGCUUUAACAAGCUGCUGCGAGUCCAUUUGGCAGUGAAGCUGUAGGAUUCCCUGUGCUCUGCAGUGCGCCAUUGCUUCUCGGAGUGCUGGUCUCUGAAUCCAUGUGAACUACAUGGGACGGCUAUUUCCGAGUACUGUGUGCAUGACUAUCUGCCUUUUUUAUUCUAAAGAGUUCAUAUAUAUAUAUAUUGUAAAUGGCGAUGUUUCUCCCAAGCAAAGAGUUUCCGUUCAUUCAAGUUGCUAACAGAAGUUCUAAUACAUAUGCUUUCAACCUUGUAUUCGAGCCUACAAAAUCACAUACCGUUUGUGCAUUGUUCUUGGGUUUCUUAAGUAGUUGACUGCCUUCCCCUUCUAUAUAUAAAUAUAACGAGCAUUUUCUCUGCAUAUCCGGUGGACCAGCAAUUGACUUGAAUAUAAUCAAACGAGCUUCAAAAAGUAGUCAUCACUAAUAUCUAAUUUCUUAUGAAAUUUUAUUUAGUAAUGAAGCCAUCAAUUUCAAUAACUCCAUGUAAACUUGAAUGCCUAAACUGUAGUGUCCAAGUAGAGGAUUGGUCGAUAUAUAUUCCCCAUAUAUAAUAUGUACAUUAAGCAUCAAGAUUUCAAACGUGACGAGAAAGGUCGGAAGGGAUCUAUACGAAGCGUUGUAUGUCUUAAAGAGAAUGGGGGGGAAGCAAGUGUACAGAAAAAAAAAGAGAAGUGGAUCGGUCCCUCAAAAAUCGAAGUUGGAAACGUGUUUCAGUACAAAACUGAAUUUUGUUCUGUCGGGCUUCAUUCAAGACCAUGUGCGGAUUGACUAU